AAUUUCUUAAUUAUAUUCCUUCUUCUUCACCAACCCAGCUUAACAGGGACCGCCGUCUCCGUUCUUUCACCACCGUCUCUUCCCACCUCCCGAGGCGGCGACAAAACCAGCCGAAUCUUAUCCUCCGGCACCGCCAACCAACUGAGAUACCAGCUACGGUGCCGGCAUAAGCUAGAAGGACGACUCACUUUUUUUUUAAUUGCGUUAAUACCAUCUGAAAUUUAAGAUCUGACUUCGUCGAAGGCCUCCAAAGGGUUUUCUUUUUGAUGUGAAAACUCCAUGUUCAAAUCGAUUUCGUCGGGGCUGAGAAGUGUGUUCUUGAAGGUAAAUCGCUAUGCCGAUGUGGAAUUCGGUAGCUAAAGGAGAGUCUGAGUAAAAUCGCACUCGAUGUCUACGAUGACGAAGACGAUGAAGAGCUGUCAAUGUAUACUCCUCCGCCGCGCGAUCGAUUGAACAACGGGAAUUCAGUUUCUGAGCGGAGAAUUUCUCGAAGUUUUAGUCGUACGAAUACGCCGACGCAUUCGCCAGUCGUCAAUGGCUUUGAUUCCCCUUCUAAUCAUGAGAUGGAACAAUACGAGAUAGAGAUUAAGAGACUUCAGGAAUCUGAGGCGGAAAUAAAAGCACUAUCAGUUAAUUAUGCAGCUUUAUUGAAGGAAAAAGAGUUUCCGGAGUCGAUUAGUUUUCAUUUUCCGGUUAAUCAAAUGAACCAUAUGAAUCAAAUGGGUCGGGCUCUGUUUAAUCCGGGCCCUAGGCAUUGGGCACCGCCGCCGUGGCCGCUGUUGCCACCUCCACAUUCCUCCUUCUGGACUGGAUCAAAUGUGAGCAGCCACCUCAAAGAACUUCACGAUACGAUAAACCUCGCCAAAGCAAUGCAAAAAGAACUGGAGAUGUUAACUCGGAUGAAAGAAAGCGAAAGAACUACCGAAGGCCACAUUGGGGAUGCUGACAUAUCAAUUGAUAGGUUCUCUAAGUUUAUGAAGGAAAAUAAAAUCGAACUCGACUUUCAAGAAUCUCUAUCGUUGAAUGCUGCAAAUGCCGUAAUGUCGAAACUAAGAUAUCAGCUGGAGCCGUACAGGGUUGUCACGGAUGAGAAUAGCCCGUGGGAGGAAAAAUCUGCUGUAAAACGGUUAGCUGAUAAAAUGGAAAAGUAUAAACGAAAUAAGCUUUGGCGAAGAAGGAAGAGAAGGCGAAUAGCUCAGAAUUUAGCAAAGGAGCGCGAGCAAUUUGAUCGAUUGGAUAAAGAAGCUGAUGAGUGGAGGGCAAGGGAGAUGGCCAAAGAUGCUGCACAACGCAAGGUAGACAAGAUGAAGGAAAUAGCCAAGGUUAAGGCAAAAGAAGAAAAGAAACGGCUGGAAUCUGAGCUCGAGCUGGUUUUAAUCGUCGAAAAGCUGCAGGAAUUACGCUCCAUCAGAAUAGAGAAAUUGAAAAAACAAGGUCAUUUCUUUCCAGAAGAGGAUGACAAGUUUCUCGAACAAGUUAGAGCUGCAGUUGAAGAAGAGGAACGUCAAUCAAUGGCUGCAGCUGAUACAGAUGCCGCUAAAGAUGCUAUUGCUAAUGCUGAGGAAUCAAGAAAACACGUCGAUAGCCAUGUACCAGGCUCAGAAGAACUGGGCCUGAGUAAUUUCGAACAUAUUAAAAAUCAAGACCAGAAAAACGAGACUGCAAAUGAAAAAGAUUCGAAAUUGGCUGCCACUAAAGAAUCAAGAAAAAUUGACACAAGUGGCAGUGCUUACGAUUCUGUCUCUAAUUUACCCAUGGAAUUUUACCAUUAUUAUCAUGGCAGUAAUACUGAUAUGGGCACACUCAUUGAGGUACGAAGAAUGUGGGACGCAUAUCUAAGACCUGGAGGAAGCCGUAUACCAGGGCACUGGGUGCAACCGCCACCCCCUGCAGAUGAAAUAUGGGCAUCCUAUUUGGUGAAACCUAAAUGAGUUGCAUUGCACUACUCACAAGUGCAGACAUUGGACUUUAUAUCUUGGUCUUGGUUAAUUUCGUCCGAAGAAAUGACGUGGAGUGGAGAAAAUGGGAAACGGCAAGAUUUAUUGAAAUAGAAAAAACCCAGCAAAUAUCAGAAGUGGAAUUUUCACGCCAAAACGGGUUACGAAAUGGUAUUAAAUCUGCAAAUGAGAAUGAUGUAAUAUUUGAUCAUUUGCCUACAGAUAUUUGUUCUUGUAUAUAAGUUGUUUUUCGUAUCACUAGACUUGCUGUAUAAACUUAUAAGAGACUCUUCAAUGUCUUCUUGAUUGUGAAUAUAGGAGGAGGUUAAGUUCAGUUUAGUGAAAUUUUGUGUCGAACUUUUAGGGAAAGCGGAAAUUGGGGAUUUCGAAUAGCGCCGUUCUAA